UCGAUUGUUGUCGAAUCAUUGGAAUUGUUCAAAUAUUUUUAUGUGUUUUAGUUUUAGUGUAAUUUUAAUUUACUUGAAUGUAAAUAUAAUAUUUUUUUUUAUUAAAAAGCGAUUGUCGUCAAUACGAAAUUUGUUAUGUUAUUACAUUGCGUCAAGAAAAAUCUCAGAAUCAGAAAUCUCUUUCGUCGUUCUGUAAAUGACAAUUGUGAUUGGAAUUUCUACGUUUUCAGUAAUGGAAGAAGUAAAUAAAAUCAUACAACAAGUAAAGCGUAACGGAGAAUAUUUAGUUACCGGACAAGAAAAACUAAUACUCAAGACUGAAACGCUCAACACUAUCAAUACGCAAGUAUUGUCAUCGCUGCACACGGAUCAUAUUUUAAAUCACCAUUAUUUGUCAGAAAUAUUGAAAAAGACUCUUAAACUCAAGUUAUUACACUCGGCUAACGUUUCGGAUCUCAGACAGUCGAUCGAUAUUUCGUCUUUUCACAAUCUCAUCUAUUUAGAACUAAUCAACAUCAACAUAGAAUGGUUGUUGGGGCUGAACUACGACAAACUAGAAUGUUUGAUUAUAAACGGUCCCGUUACCACUUUGGCUACUUUACUGAAAAGGAAAUGGCCGCACCUCCAAAACUUGGUGUUGAGAGGAGGCCGUCUCGAUUCGUUGGACGAAUGCCUAAUGCUCACUCCUCGUCUCGCCUAUUUGGAAGUGUCAAGAAAUCUGUUGACUGAAAUCGACAAUAUCGAAAAACUCCAAUGCUUGGAAUGUCUUAACUUGAGCAUUAAUCGACUGACAGCAGUGCCGGUCUUGAGCGAUUUCGCGGCCAGAAAUUUGACUGUGUUAGUGUUGAGUUACAAUUGCAUCAGUAACAUAACAGGCCUAUCGAAAUUAACCAAUUUAAAGGUAUUGGAUUUGUCGAAUAACAUGAUUGUGCAUCACGAGUCGUUGUCGCCCGUCGGAGACAUGGCGUUUUUGAGAUAUUUAAAUGUAGAAAACAACCCUUUGGCGUAUGUGGAAAACCACAGGGACGUGACGUGUGGCUAUUUACACGAAAACGCCGCUGUUGAAAUUUUUGAGCUAGACAAUAAACUACUUUCGAAAUCUGAGAAAAAAUGUGUCGGACAAUCGUCCAGAACACUAGAUUUAUCGUUUUUACACUACAUGCCGCCAACCAGCGCAAAAGCAACCAAAAUCAGAUCGCCCAUCAUCGAAGACUGCGUUUGGAGAGAAAAGUCUUAUGUUCCGUCACCAGUACAGAAAAUAAAUCUCAACAGAGAUACGUCAAAAUCGGAACACUUAAAUACCAAAAAGCAAAUAGAGAACGUUCGAGAAAUGUAUGGAGAAAACAACUGGUUACACAGUCACGCUGGAAGUUACGUUCAAGGUAUUUUGGGCAUUAAACAACAGUCGGAAAGAGAGCCGCUAAUACUUCCGAACGCCGAAGUAGAAAAUACACAAGACAAUUGUAAACCACUUACCGAUGCAGAUGACAUGACAGAAACGAUUGUUGAUGAUUCAAUGCUCAACGUGACGUCCGAUUCAAUCGCCAAUAAUGAUUUCUCAGGGUUAAACCCAUUCGAAGACGUAGACACUUCAAAAACGAGUUCUAUAGACAAGGUGUCGUUAUUGACAGACGACAACGACGACAGGUUAAAGCAAUCGGAAACGAUAUGGCGUGCACAAAUUGUCAAUCGUAAUAAAGAAGAACCGCUGAAUAUAUUGUUAUGUCUAACAGAAAAGGAGUUAAAAGAGAGGAGUUGUAUCGACGGUCGUCUGUUUACGUCGUGGAGUCGAGAUUCGAUCGAAAGUUGCGUGAAAAUUUGUUUCGAUCCCAUUAAAAUUCAAAUAAAUUUUAUGACCGUACGAAGGGAUAAAAACCAAAGGAUUUACAUUAUGAACAACGAAGACGCUAAUGCAUUUGUAAAUCUUAUUUGCGUCGAAUUAGAAUCGAGAACUCUUAGUGAAAUGAAUCAAAGUGUAUUCAAGUGUAUGAAAUGUACUACAAUGUUUUGUCAAGAGAGCAAUCGAAGUGUAUUUAGAGAUAAAAGAAAAAACCGUUGCCCGAGUUGUAACAGCUCUAUUGUUGUACAAGUGGAAGACGAACCACUGCCGUCUACAUCUUACGCACCGGAAGAGACAACGCAAGAAGCUGAAACUAAUUUGACCGACGAUGAAAAUUAUUUGGACGGAACGCCAAUGAAUUCGAGAUCUGGUUCCGAAGAACCGGAACAAAGAAAACUCAGUAGAAACGAUAGUGACGUGGAAAUAAUAAGCAACCCCAGUGAGAAAUCUGUUGAAGUGUUAGAAGUUAUAUCGAGCACAAACAUAAGCACCGACUGUAAAACGGACAAAAUCCAAUUACCUCCCGAUGUUCGGACAGCGUUGACCGAAAGCAGUUCUUCGGGAUCGAUGACGGACAGUGUGUGUACUGCUUAUGAAAGUCGUAAACUCCAAACAACUAGUUCGUCCGCGUCAAAAGACACGUUAAGCAACUCCGAUCUGAAGGUACCAUCUUUGUUGGAAAAACCUAUUCAAUUUUCCUUUGACGAUUUUGCUUGCAUCGAUCAACGGCUUAAAUCGUACGUUCAACAGAAAUUUUUUCGAAACAGAGAAGAAGUCGUACUCGUAUUUCACUGUAAUUGCGUAAUGAUGAACCCAGAUCAGAAGUUCGACGGAUGUAUUGUCAUAUCGAAUCGGUCUUUGUACAUAUUCAAAUUCAUCGGUCGACCUGAAGAACUCUUACAGAAAAUAUCAAGUCAUCGUCUGAGCUUGGUGAAAACAAUAGCGACGUUGCCGUGGAACGUGGGUCUGAUCAUAUGUGUCGGACAGCCGGACGCCGAUAUAAAAUAUACCUUUGUGCUGUACGUACCGCACAUCACAAUACGAUUAAUCGCAUUUCUAGAACGGAUAAAGCCGUUCGAGCAACGUGAAGUGUUAGUAUUAUCGCCCAACACUAAUUGCUAUCUGUACGUUAACAAUCUACUUUAUAAAAGCGAAUUACACUUGCCAAUAAUCCACGUUGCGAUCUGCGAGAGUGCUACAAUUGUGUCUGACAAUGGUCUCGUGGAAAUAAUUGAUCUGCCCGGUGUAGUCGUCACCGAAUACGAAUUGGUAAUAUUGGCCGGCGAGUGUUCGUGGUUGUUUCCGUACGAAGAGAGUUUUCCUACGAUUAGCCACGUACAGCUAAUGAACAAACUGAGUCAUAUUGAGAAAAACGAAGAUAAACUUUCUUUCAACUUUGACGACGACGUAUCAUGGCUGUUGACGUUUAACCGCGUAGACGUGGACAAAGUAACGGAAGAAGUUAUUAAAGUGUUAUCGAGUGCGAAACAAAAAUUAAAUCUCAGCACCACGCAAACCGACGUGGAUACUACAUUGAAUCGCUCCACUUAGGUUCACUGUACAACGUGAAAAGCGAUGCAAUUGUUGUUACUUGUUGCGUGUAAUCCAAUUUAAGCUAAUUAAUAUCAAAGACUAAAAGUUAUGAAAAGAAACGUAAGUGACGUUUUUAUGUAAAAUUACCAUUCAAGAUUUUUACAAAAAAUGAUACGUCUUCUGUUUUUAUCCAACGACCUCCAUUUCUUGUAUGAGCUUCCUCGUUAAAUUAAUUAUAUUGUAUAAAGCAAAAAAAAAAUAUAUAUUUAUUGUUAUUUAAUAUUAGGAAGUACUGUAUAGUUUAAAAUAUUGUAAUAUUAUCGUCACUAAAUAUGUUUUUUACCGAUAUCUUUAAUCGUAACAAAUAAUAGUCUAAAGAAAUUAUACCUGAUACAGAUACGUUUAUUGAAACACAAACAAAGAUUUAUACAUUUUAUAAUAUAUUUAUUCAAAUUUA